AUAAUUGAAUGUACAUCACCGAUUCAGCACAUACUUUCCGGAGCUAUGUAUUGCCUUAACGCAGUGAUGGUAUAUGAGCCUCGGUUACUCUUGCAUAAAUGUUCCCGCUACUCUUACAUCAUAAGUCUUUGGACACACGGGAGUACUCCUGGUAUUUAUUGCUGCCAACGCUGUUCUGGCAUUUUCAUAGUGAAAAUGGCUGCUCUAUUGCAGGAAAUAAUUGAAAAGCUUGAAGAAUGGCUUCAUUUGACCAAAAAAAAACAACCCUAUGUGAAUCCUGAUUUGGAUCCAGUCUUACUUGUACCUGGCAUAGGAGGUUCUAUAUUAACAGCUGUAGAUGAAAAUGGCCACAGAGAACGUGUCUGGGUUCGCCUUUUUGCUGCUGAUCAUGAAUUCCGAACGAGACUUUGGUCUUUAUUUGAUCCUAGCACUGGAAAAACUGAAUCCUUAGAUCCAAAAACAAGGAUUGAAGUGCCAGAAGACAGAUUUGGUCUGUAUUCUUGUGAUGUCCUGGACCCAGAUUUGAUUAUUCGGAUGAGUGUUGUUUGCUACUUUCAUGACAUGAUAGAAAAGAUGUUGGGUUGGGGAUAUGAGGAGGGUACUACACUUUUUGGUUUUGGCUAUGACUUCCGUCAAAGUAAUAGGCUUCAAGAAACCAUGGAUCGUUUAAUAGCGAAGUUGGAAUUUAUAUAUAAAGCUUCUGGAGGGAAGAAAGUGAAUAUUAUAAGCCAUUCAAUGGGAGGUCUUCUUAUAAAAUGCUUUAUGUCUCUGUACACUGAUGUAUUUGAGAAAUAUGUAAACACUUGGAUUGCAAUCGCUGCACCAUUUCAAGGUGCACCAGGAUUUAUAAUGGAUGUUCUAUUGAAUGGAGUUGCUUUUGUAGAUGGAUGGCAAGGCGAUCUUUUCAUUUCUAAGUGGAGCAUGCAUCAGCUGCUGCUGGAAUGUCCUUCAAUUUAUGAGAUGAUGGCUUGCCCUGAUUUUGACUGGCCUUCUCCUCCACUUCUUGAAAUAUGGCGAAAUAAGAAUGAUGGUUUUGGCCACUCGUCAAUUGAGCUUGAGUCACAUGGUCCACAGAAUUGUGUUAAAAUCAUGAAGGAUGCUCUUGUCAAUAAUACGAUCAUGUAUGAUGGCAUGACAGUACCAUUACCAUUCAAUUGUGAAGUACUGAAAUGGGCCAAUGAAACUCGAAAAAUUAUGUCAUCAGCCAAGGUCCCAACCUCUGUAAAAUUUUAUAAUAUUUAUGGCACUUGCAAUGAGACACCGCUCAGUGUUUGCUAUGGAAGUAAGCAAAGCCCCAUAUUGGAUUUGGAGCAAAUACUGCAUUCAGAGGCUGUAUACACUUGUGUUGAUGGCGACGGAACUGUCCCUCUUGAAUCAGCUAUGGCAGAUGGGCUUGUAGCCGAGGAAAGGAUAGGCGUACCGGGAGAUCACCGGGGAUUGGUCUGUGAUGAGCGGGUAUUUCGUAUACUUAAACACUGGCUGAAGGCAGGAGAACCAGAUCCUUUCUAUGAUCCUGUCACUGACUAUGUUGUUUUGCCAACUAGAGCUGAGUUUAAUCAGCAUAGAAAACAGUGCCUCUCUAUCCCAAUAAGUGAAAACUGGGAAAUGCCAUCACAGGACAUUGAUGAUUACAAUGCAGUGCUUGAACAUGAUUUUGUGGCUGCUAUAUCAGGUGCCUAUGACAAAUUUGGUGAUCCAAGGGCAGAGGCACACGCAUCCUUGAAUGUACAUUCUCCUCAUCCUGGUUCAAUUGACAAGAAGCAUAUAGAAGUUUUAACUGUUGGUAUUGCAGAAGGAAGUGAUGUGAAAGAGACAGCUAUAUCUCUGGAAAUGGUCAUGAAAGAAGCUUCAAAAAGUGCUAUUUCUCUGAGUCAAAAGCCUGAGAAAUUUCAAACCAAGAAAUAAAGGCAAUGCAAUCUGGAAUUUUUCACGUGUGGGCAACAGAAAUAUAAUUAUUCAGCCAGAAAUCUAGGAGUUCUUAUUGAUCAUCCCUAUCCUACUUGAAGGACAAGAAAUUUAAACUAUUGUCAACUAGUCCAGCAGAAAGAAGUGAGAUGAAAGAAAUUACUAGGUUGCUGCAUAAGACCAUAGAAGAAUGGGGUAGUACUUGUGAAUGAAAAGAAUGUCAGUAUUUAACCUUAAGCAAUGUGGGUCAUAAAUUCUUAAACCGUCUCAUGCUUAACAGCUCUAAUGGGUUCAUUUAUAGCUGCGUGUGUGUAUGUACAAAUAUGUAUAUAGCUAGAAGCCUGAAAGAAUUUGUCCUUGUGUUUAAGGCCAUGUGUACUCUACUAGUGAUAAUCAGCUGAAAGAUGUGUAUAUGUAAUUUAUAUCGUGGACAAGAAAUUUACUAAAUCAGCUUAUUUGGCUAUUCUACAUGGUUAACUGCCAUUCACAGUUGAUUUGAUUUUUGUCCAACCUAUUAUUGCAUUGUUAUUAUGUUGUUGCCA